AUCCGCCUCUACCUCCAUUACACCGACACUUCCGCUCCCUGCCAGGCGAAAGACACGCGUCCAGGCGGCGUACCGAGCGCAGACACAAAGGAAGGUAGCUGCCGCUUAGCGGGCGAAAACACUCGUUUUUUCCGCGGAUCACGAGCAGACGUCCCUCCUUGGUCGUGUCUCGCGUCACCGCGCUUUUGAUUUCGAAGUCCUUAAUAUGAAGGAAGACGUUUAGCGGGUCCGGGAAAAGCAGAAAGGAAGCCGAUCUAACCGAGGAGCGCGAGGCUGAGCCGAGAUCAGUCGACUGCUUGUAGGCUAACGGAGGCGCGUGAAGAAUAACAAAGAAGCCGGUAUGUCGGAUGAGGAUUCGCGUGCCAGCACCAGUUCUUCGUCAUCCUCUUCCUCAUCUUCCACUCACCCGAAACAGAAAGACACGCCUAGCAAGAAACGAGAAAGCAAAACAAGCAUGAGCAAAACCUCAAAACUGCUUUCCACCAGCGCGAAGAGGAUUCAGAAGGAACUGGCAGAUAUCACCGUGGAUCCUCCACCGAACUGCAGUGCUGGGCCGAAGGGAGAUAACAUCUACGAGUGGCGCUCCACCAUCCUGGGCCCCCCAGGGUCUGUGUACGAGGGGGGGGUCUUCUUCCUGGACAUCGCCUUCACCCCCGACUACCCCUUCAAGCCCCCAAAGGUGACGUUCCGCACCAGAAUCUACCACUGUAACAUCAACAGCCAGGGCGUGAUCUGCCUGGACAUCCUGAAGGACAACUGGAGCCCCGCCCUCACCAUCUCCAAGGUGCUGCUGUCCAUCUGCUCCCUCCUCACAGACUGCAACCCGGCGGACCCACUGGUGGGGAGCAUCGCCACGCAGUACACAACGAACAGAGCCGAACACGACAGAACAGCCAAACAGUGGACCAAGCGCUACGCCACAUAGGCCUCUGAGCCCCGCCCCCAGCCCCGCCCCCUGCCCUGCCCCGCCCCUCCGUCCUAUGAACCCUGCCUCUGCCCCAUCCUCCUUCAAGCCCCGCCUCCUUUGCCACACACCCUUCUGAGUCCCCUCCCACAACACACCACCACAAGUACUGCUACCGGUCAGUGGGUGGAGCUGAUGGAACAUUGCAGAGCAGGGGGGGCGGGGUGAGUCGGAAGGAAGGGGGCGGGGUUUGUUUCAGUUGCAUAUUUUGAGUCUUAUUUUCCCAGAUUGCAUCACUUUCCUGUUUCUGCAUCCUGUUGAACACAAAUAGAAAUACAAGCCAGCAAUAAAGUCCUUGUCUGUGUGGCAGGUUCAGGUUUUUUUUUUUUCUUUUUUCCCAUGUUUCCUUGUUCUGUUGUUGGUGGGUUUUUCGGUAUUUCCUGCUGUGACCCGGUGGAUAAGUUUGACCUUUUGUUUUCUGUUUUGACUGCUUGUGGAGUGUCGUUCGAACAAGGUCCGUCCAGCUGGGCCAAAUCUCAAGCUUUUCAAUGUGAAUCUUCCAAGUGAUGAAUUUAUCAGUUUUAUUAAAGUUAUAAUUGAUGUA